AGUGACUGGUAUUGUGGUCAGCAAAGAUUAGGGUUCAGUGUUUUUUUGCUUGUUUGUGCCGAAUAACAACCUUUGAACUUGAAGCUUCUCGUCAACAUAAACUACCAGUUAUGGGAAAUAAAUCGUCACUGCUGCUCCGGGAGGAGGAAAUUACACAAAUUCACGAGGAAACUGGAUUCACCCCGAACCAGAUCGAACGUUUGUAUUCGCGUUUCACCUCACUGGAUCGCAGCGACUGUGGAACACUGACUCGGGAGGAUUUCCUACGGAUUCCGGAGCUGGCCAUCAAUCCACUGUGCGAACGGAUUGUCCAUUCGUUCUUUGCCGACAGCAGUGAUGAUCGGGUCAACUUCCGCCAGUUUACCCAGGUGCUGGCCCAUUUCCGCCCCAUCAAGCCGAACAAGGAGAAUAAGCUGAACAACCGUGAGGAGAAGCUACUGUUCGCUUUCAAGAUGUACGACCUGGACGACGAUGACAACAUCUCGCGGGAUGAGCUGCUGAGCAUCCUGCAGAUGAUGGUCGGUGCCAACAUCAGUCAGGAUCAACUGAACAGCAUCGCCGAAAGGACGAUCGUCGAGGCGGACUCGAUGGGCCAGGGCAAGAUCACGUUCGAGGACUUUUGCCGUGCCUUGGAGCGCACCGAUGUCGAGCAGAAGAUGUCGAUUCGGUUCCUGAACUGAAAUCGACGCUCGUGGUGUGAUUGGUUUGCCAAUUUGGGGCAAUCUUAGUUCACAGUAGAUGUUCGUUUUUCUUUCUGUUUCAGGGCGGUAGGAGAGUUUUUCGUUUUAGUUUUAAAGUUGGAACUAAUACACACGACGAGCGCUAAACAGAUAUGGGGGAAGAUGGACGAUUGUUUGGGGAUAUUUCCAAAGAAGAAGAUAAUUAAAUGUUUGUGAUGUAGUAGCUGCAUGGUGUAAAUAGUGGAAUAAAAGAAAGAGUAUUACAAAUAAAUAAUUAAUGUGUGUGUAACCAAAA